GGAGGGGGUGAAGAAGAAGAGUAGAUCGUGUUUAAAAAGUUUAAAAAGAGAAAUCUCCCCGGAUAUAUCAUUUGCGCAUACAAGAAUCCCGUUGGAGAUGAAGCUCCACUUUCUCGUCACUACCGCCGCAGCUCUGCUGGUUGCCUUCCCACCAAGCAUGAACGAGUGCCGGGCAGUGGAUGGUCCUGACCGGAGAGCCUCCAUCUCCUCCGCCAACGCGCUUGAAGAGCAGGAAGACCAGAGGCGCACACGGCCCAUUUGGGCACGGCUGGGAGAGGAAUACUUCAUCCGGUUGGGCAACGGAAAUCAGCGCGAGCGUGAAUCCGAGCCUGAGACGCGCCCCGAACCGGCGUCAGCGGUCUUCAAACGAGCUCUGCAGCUCAGGCUCACGCAGCACCUUCUCCGCGAAGAGGACGAGGUCGCCGAGGAGGCCCGCGGGUUGCGCGACGCCCCGGCGGAGAGAUCGCGCCGCGCCGAGGAGCCGCCCAUCUCCCUGGACCUGACCUUCCACCUGCUGCGGGAGGUGCUGGAGAUGGCCAAGGCGGAGCAGCUGGCGCAGCAGGCGCACAGCAACCGGAAAAUGAUGGAGAUUUUCGGCAAGUAGCCUAAAACCUAGUGUGCAUAGAGGAUUUUUUUUUACAUUUAGCACAAACCAUAACAUCCUGUACCACAGUGCUGCU